CAACGUUUAGUUGUUUUUGGAGGCCUGGAAUACGUUCCUGCGAAUUAGCGGAUAGCAUCAUUGAAAGAAGCUGCCAUCUGCUGCGAACAGGCGAUUCGAACGAACGCGCUAUGCUGACGCGUCGUCUCUCCCGCCGCUUGACGCGACAUGUCAAUCUCUCAAGAUCUCUACUAUCUCGAAGCCCGGCUGCUACAUUACAGCACAACGAGCGUUCAACUACCAGGAAGCAUCGCUCAUCAUGCACGAACUUUGCACACGCCAGCACCUGCCGACAAGAGCCCAGACACAACCCCCCUCCGCCCAAUCACGCACGCUUUCGACCCUGCCGAAAACACACCACUCCCUCAUGCCUCGCCUUUCUCUACCAUCCGACCAAUAUCCCUCGCCCAAGACCAAAGGUUUGAGCGUGCCAACACCAUUUACCCACCCUCGCACUGCAUCCCAUGGCCAAGCCUGCUGCCCGCCGCCUUUCAAUCCAAAUACUGGCGCCAAGCCGAAGCAGCAGCAACAGGCUACCUACAAGCCAUCAACGCCCACCAUCCCACCCUCUUGACGCACCACACCGCCCGCACAAAAAAGCUGGUCGAUACAGCGGUAUCCUACGCUACCAACCUGGUUCCCUUAAGCAGUAUCACCAGAAUGCAACUCCUGGCCAAGACAUAUAUUCUCCUCUUCCUCCAUGACGACGCGGUCGACACGCGAGACUCCACGCUGACAAUACCUCCUCGCAGCGCAGCAUCUCAGCGUCGGAACUCGAAGGCGAAGUACCUUGCAUACGACAUCCUCGCGCAAGAAAUCCUUGCGGAGGAUCCGCACGAGGGGAAGCGCUUGCUCGAAGAGUGUAUAGCGUGGGGGUCAGCUACCGGGGCUGAUCGGCCGGGGACAUUUGCUUCCCUGGACGAGUAUAUUGAGCAUGGGUUGAAGGAUUUUGGGGCUGAACUGAUUCUUCAGACUGUACGGUUCUCCUGUGGAGAUGGGGUUGGAAAGUCAGGAGAGGAGAGUCAGGAGUUAGAGCCGCUGAAGGCGCUGUGCGCGAAGCAUCUCUUGCUGACGAAUGAUCUGUAUUCGUAUGCGAAGGAGGUGAGGGCGGAGGCGGAAGGUGGAGAGGUGGUGCUUAAUGCUGUGAGGGUAUUGCGUGGGCUCAUAGGUGGUGGUUGUGAUGAUGCUCUGGCCAGAAGGCUGCUUAGAUUAGUAAUCCGGGACUUAGAGGAGAGGAUGAGCGCAGAGUGUCUGCGCGUCGAGCAAUUGGGGCAUCUGUCGGAGAUGCAGAUGGUGUAUGCGCGCGCGGUGAUCGUAGCCGUCGCAGGGAAUAUGUUCUUCUCCGCGACGAGUCCGAGGUACGCGGGGGCUGUUGAGGGGACGAAACUGGCUUAG